AACGGCUAGCCGCACGAAGUAGCUUCUAGGUCAUCUGUGUCCCGCGCUGCCGGUCAUGUCCCUGAGAAGCAGCCUCUCGCGUCUCCUCCGGACGCGAGUGCAUUCCGUCCUGAAGAAGUCGGUUCACUCGGUGGCUGUGAUCGGAGCCCCGUUCUCACAGGGACAGGUGAGAACUGGGACCUGGCACCCCCCUAGUGCUAUGUUAAAAGUUGGAAUAAUGUAUACAAUUAAUCUUGUCAUCCCCAAUUUGUUCCCAGGCUGCCGCCUGAAAGAUUUUGGAGAUUUGAGUUUUACUCCAGUCCCUAAAGAUGAUCUCUACAACAACCUGAUUGUGAAUCCUCGCUCAGUGGGCCUUGCCAACCAGGAAUUGGCUGAGGUGGUUAGUAGAGCUGUGUCAGGUGGCUACAGCUGUGUCACAGUGGGAGGAGACCACAGCCUGGCAAUUGGUACCAUUAGUGGCCACGCCCGACAUUGCCCAGACCUUUGUGUGAUCUGGGUUGAUGCCCAUGCUGACAUCAAUACACCCCUCACCACUUCAUCUGGAAAUCUCCAUGGACAGCCAGUUUCAUUUCUCCUCAGAGAACUACAGGACAAGGUACCACAACUCCCAGGAUUUUCUUGGAUCAAACCUUGUAUCUCUUCGCCAAGUAUCGUGUAUAUUGGUCUGAGAGAUGUGGACCCUCCUGAACAUUUUAUUUUAAAGAAUUAUGAUAUCCAGUAUUUUUCCAUGAGAGACAUAGAUCGACUUGGUAUCCAGAAGGUUAUGGAACAGACAUUUGAUCUGCUAAUUGGCAAAAGACAAAGGCCAAUCCAUCUGAGUUUUGAUAUUGAUGCAUUUGACCCUACACUGGCUCCAGCCACAGGAACCCCUGUUGUAGGAGGACUGACCUAUCGAGAAGGCAUGUAUAUUACUGAAGAAAUACACAAUACAGGAUUGCUGUCAGCACUGGAUCUUGUUGAAGUCAAUCCUCAGCUGGCUGCUUCAGAGGAAGAGGCCAAGGCUACUGCAGGCCUGGCAGUGGAUGUGAUUGCUUCCAGUUUUGGUCAGACAAGGGAGGGAGGGCACAUUGUCUAUGACCAACUUCCUACUCCCAGUUCACCAGAUGAAUCAGAAAGUGAAGAACGUGUGAGAAUUUAGGAACUUUGUGUGCUGACACGUUUGUCAUGAUGGGCAUUCCAGAAUUAUGAGGCAUUUGAGGACACAUAUACUAAAUGGUUGUCUGGGUCAAUAUUGCCUUAAUGAGAACAUUUGCACAUUCUCACAAUUGUAAAGUUUCCUUUCCCUCUCCAUUUUGGUGACCAAUACUACUGUAAAUUUGUGGGGGUUUUUUUGUUUGUUUUUGCAGUUCACAGGCUAUUAAUAUGUUGGAGUACUAUGUAAAUUUAAAGGAGUCAUAAACAGCAUUUAUUACCUUGG